AUGUGGCUCUGUGCUCUGGUCUGGGCUUCUCUUGCUGCUUGCCCAAUAUGGGGACUCUCAUUGUUACCACCCGUGGUGAAUACCACUCAAGGUAAAGUCCUGGGAAAGUACAUCAGCAUAGAAGGAUUUGAACGGCCUGUGGCAGUCUUCCUGGGAGUCCCCUUUGCCAAGCCUCCUCUUGGAUCCCUGAGGUUUGCUCCACCAGAGCCUGUAGAGCCCUGGAGCUUCGUGAAGGAUGCCACCUCCUACCCUCCUAUGUGCUCCCAAGAGGCAUCUCUGGGACAGCUGCUCUCAGAUGUGUUCAACACCAAAAAGGAGAGCAUACCUCUUGAGUUUUCUGAAGACUGUCUCUACCUGAAUAUUUACAGUCCUGCUGAGUCAACAGAAAACAAUCAAUUGCCUGUGAUGGUGUGGAUCCAUGGAGGUGGACUGAUGUUAGGUGGAGCAUCAACCUAUGAUGGACUAGCUCUCUCUGCCCAUGAAAACGUGGUGGUGGUAACCAUUCAAUACCGCCUGGGUAUUUUUGGAUUAUUUAGCACAGGUGAUGAACACAGCCGGGGGAACUGGGCUCACUUGGACCAGCUGGCUGCACUACGCUGGGUCCAGGAUAACAUUGCAAACUUUGGAGGGAACCCAGAUUCAGUGACCAUCUUUGGAGAGUCAGCAGGAGGUGCCAGUGUCUCUGUUCUUAUAAUUGUUUCUAUUUCUGGUUGUGAUGACACCUCAUCAGCUGCCAUAGUUCAGUGCUUGCGUGAGAAGUCAGAGCAUGAGAUCUUGGAGAUCACAGCACAACUGAUACAGCACAAUAUCUCACUGUUCACUGUGAUUGAUGGAGUGGUGCUGCCAAAGGCACCAGAAGAGAUCCUGGCUGAGAAAAGUUUCAACACUGUAUCCUACAUAGUGGGCUUCAACAAGCAAGAGUUUGGCUGGAUCAUUCCAAAG